UUGUUCCCCAUCAUCGCUUGAAACGACAAACACCAAGCCAUCACCCAGCUCGAGAGGAGCUCUCACUGCAGAGUUCAGACAGCACCCACAGACCACAGUCAGUCAGCUCUCAGCCCCGGCCUCAGCUCAAUCAGCAGGAGUAGGAACGCCCACGAGCAAUGGAUGCGAGACAGGGGUACAUGAUUCGGUUCGACGGCCACUUCGAGUUCGAGGACCCGUCGACCGCCGAGCCGCCGCCGCCUCCGUUCGCGGCCAGGGCGAUCUCGUCUGAGCAGGAGCAUACCGCCAUGGUCGCCGCGCUGCUGCACGUCAUCUCAGGGUACACCACGCCGGUGCCGGACUUCUUCUUCCCGGCGAGCAAGGAGGUGUGCACGGCGUGCGGGAUGGAUGGGUGCCUCGGGUGCGAGUUCUUCGGCGCGGGGGCCAGGCCGGCGAUCGCACCGAAGGCGACGGUGGGCGGGCCGCAGAGGAGGCGGAGAAACAAAAAGACCCAGUACCGCGGCAUCAGGCAGCGACCGUGGGGCAAGUGGGCGGCGGAGAUCCGCGACCCGCGCCGCGCCGUGCGGGUGUGGCUCGGGACCUUCGACACCGCCGAGGACGCCGCCAGGGCCUACGACCGCGCCGCCGUCGAGUUCCGCGGCCCGCGCGCCAAGCUCAACUUCCCCUUCCCCGAGCAGCAGCAGCAGCAGCAGCUGGGCGGCAGCGGCAAUGCCGCGGCCAAGUCAGACACGCGCUCGCCCUCGCCGUCGCCCAGCAGCGCGGACGGGGAGGAAACAGAGGAACGGCUCUGGGAUGGCUUGCAUGACUUGAUGAAGCUAGACAAGAGCGAGCUCUGCUUACUUUUUCCGGUGGGGGUCAACAACACCCUGGAAAUGUUUCCCGCGCCGGGAAAGAAACGACCCGUGGCCGAUCUAGCGGGUGUCAUGGCAAAUGUUUGCUAGCAGUUACGUAGAUUAGUGUCAGCGUGCGUUUGUCUCCUCUCAAUCAACACACAUGCACAUUAAGGACAGUAGAUCCUGCUCACUUCGUGGUUAGCACGUGUCCUACCUUCGGUUGUAAGUAAUUCCGUAUAGAUAGGCACCCGAUCAAUGGAAAAGUUGUGUUGAAUCAUACUCCUCUUUCAUGUAGUAUGUGCUUAA